AUGUUUUUUGAUUGCGAACACGUCAACGAACCUGAAAACAAAAAGAACAGCAUCAGGAAUGAGCAGUUUGACGAGAUAUUUAAGAUUCCAUCCGUGGACAACUACAUGGAACUGUGCCAGAUACUGAUGGACAAGGAAGAACGAAAGGAAUAUGUCAAUCCAGUGUUUGACACUUUUAUGACCCCAUAUGAGCCCAUUACUCAGCCACAGUACAGCACAGGCUACUACACGCCAGGAGAGCCAUCCCACUACAGGGGCCAGACUGAGGAGACAGACAAGCCAGAUGACUCCUACGCCUACAUGAUACUACGGGCAUUGAAUUCAUCAGAAAACAACAUGAUGACCCUGAAUGAGAUCUACACCUGGAUUGAGGAGGAGUAUCCGUACUUCAAGAGGGCCAAUGCAAUCUGGAAGAACUCAAUCAGACACAACCUGUCUCUGAAUGCGGCAUUCAAGAAGAAUCCACGCCAGUCGAAUCAACGAGGAAAGGGCGGAUUCUGGUCGAUUGUUGAGGACAAGGAGAUUGUGCGUAAGAUCAAUCGGAAGAGGCGAAUAACGCGGAGCUACACGCAUCACAACCUGAAGAACGACUGCUACGACGAGGCAAAUAACACGUUCUGA